GUACAUACGAAAACUUCUUGGAUAACAAUAACUCCAGCCACGUAACAAUCUACAUAUUAUUUUGUUAUCAUCAAUCUUAACUGAAGAAUUUAUGAUGGCAAACUCGCACUGUCUCUUUUGUUUACAAGACCUCGACGAAGUGGUCAAUGACGAUGGCUCGCAAAUAUUAUUAACGUCGGAUGUUAUUUCGUCAUUAAGGACACCAUUGCACCCUCCUGAUCUGCCUUCGGUCACCACACAUGAGAGCUGUGCCUUGUGCAAAAAUUGUUACCAGGUGGUGUACGACAUUCAAUUAAUUCGAUAUUAUGAACUCGUCUAUCAAUACCCAUGUACCCUCUGUACUGACAAGUUUAAGCAAGAGAAAAUCCUGGCGGCGCAUAUGGUCAUGAAGCACGAGCUUCCUGGCGAGAAGACCUUGUCGUGUCCUCGUUGUGCUAAGAAAUUCAACCAGCAAUUUAAUCUAGACCGACAUUUGGCAAAUCAUGAGGUUGUCGCUGGCAAAGAAAUCUUAUUCUGCGAUGUAUGCGAUACUCCAUGCUUGAAUCUGGACCUACUAAAGCGACACGUGAGGACCCACGAUGCUAAGAAAUAUCAGCCUCCAAAUCCGUACAAAUGCGAAGGUUGCGAUGUCACCUUCAUAACUUCGGGUGGCCUGUACACUCACGAGCGUACAAUUCACAUGAUCGGGACACCAUUUUUCUGUAAACUCUGUCACAGAAGAUUUAAGGAAGAAGCGGAAUUACUAAAUCACGCAACAGUUUGUUCGCGGCAAAGAAUACGAGAGCCUCGUGUAUAACUGUAAAUGAUCGUAAAUAAUAACCAUGAGAAUUUCAUGAUAAAGCCAUUCUCCUUCUCAUGUAAGCCUUACUUCGUAAAACUGAAAUUGAAGCAAUCGGGUUAUAAUCA